AUGGACUCGUCCUCAUAUGCUGGACAGAAACGCAAAGUUACCGACAUGAGUUCCGACGAAGAAGAUGAGCGCCCGACCCUUGGCUUUCGUGGCUUCAAGAGAGCCGCCUCACGCUCAGAAUCCCCGCCUACAAUGGGUGGACUUGGUAGUGCACCCCAAAAUCCAUGGAACAACAUGGCCAGCGCAACACCCGCAGCUCGAGGUGGAGGUGGAGGCGCUGCUCGAUCGGGAGGGGGAAAAGGCGGCGGUGGAAGCAGUUUCGCAGCGCGCAUGAUGGCAAAAAUGGGAUACAAGGAAGGGCAAGGUCUGGGAACAAGUGGCCAAGGUAUUGUGAAUCCUAUUGAAGCACAGGCACGACCUCAGGGUGCUGGUCUGGGUGCUGUUCGAGAGAAGACGAAGCAAGCGCGCGACGAAGAAAAAAGAGCAGCUGCACACCGCGGUGAAGCUGUGGAGGAUAGCUCUGACGAAGAGCGCCAACGACAAAAAAGGAAGAAGGAAGACCGAAAGACCGCCAGUCGCAGUGGAACAGGAACCCCUGUCUCGCGGCCUAAGCCCAAGUUCCGGACCGCACGAGAAAUAGAGGCCGACAUGGAAGGACUUGAGGUGCCGAAUGUCCUAAAAUCGCUGGUCGAUGCUACGGGCAAGGAACAAAGGAUCUUGACGUCAACAGCAGGCUUGAUGACAUCGCAGCAAUUUGUCACCCAGGAAGAAGGCGAGGCUUUGAAGAUUGCUCGGCGAGCUCGGAAUGACUUGGAAGCCUUUGCGGAAGAAUGGAAGGGCUUGACCGAAAGAAAGAAAUUCAUUGAGAUUGAAGAAGCUCAGGUCGUGGAUGAAUUAGAUACAUACCAGGGCACAGUUAAUCACCUAACCGGUCUGAUCGCUGCUAUUGAAGAGCUGGAUAUCUUCGAGAACGACGAAAGCAUUUCCUCGAAGUUUGAUGAGAUGACCACAAAAAUUGAAUCUAUGGAAUCAAAGUAUCGCGAUCUCGCAGACGAAUACAAAACUUCUGAGACUGCCGUUGCGGCGUUACACCCCUUGUUCAGACAAGCCAUGGAAGAAUGGGAGCCUCUCCAGAAUCCGACGUUCCUCGUCUCUAACCUGACCCGUCUUCAACCUCUUCUUGCUCGGAAAAGUGGGGACCAUGGAGAGAUCCAACAGCGUUCGUCUACAUCACCCUAUGAAACCAUGAUGUAUACUCUAUGGCUUCCGCGAGUGCGUUCUGCUCUUUUGAACGACUGGGAUGUUUACGACCCAUCAGCCGCGACGUCACUUAUUGUGGCGUGGAAGAGCAUCAUCCCUCCAUUUGUCUUUGCCAAUAUCCUCGAUCAGCUGGUCGUGCCAAAACUCUCAGGUGCCCUGAAAGAAUGGAAGCCGAGAAGCAGCCGCCGCCAUCCAUCGAGCCAACAAGAUGGUCGCUUCCCAUGGUGGCUUUUCCAAUGGUUGCAAUACCUGGACGAGAGACAUACCAACCCAGAGCAACCUACCGGCCUUAUGUCUGACACCAAGAGAAAAUUCCGUGUCGUUCUGGAUUCCUGGAGUCUUCGUCGCGGCCUGAUCGAUGGGCUGGAGCUUUGGCGGGAUGCACUGGCCUCCGAGUUUGAUGUCUGUCUUCGUAACCAUCUGUUGCCACGUCUUGGACGUCACCUACGGGAAGAUUUCUUCGUGAACCCAGCAGACCAAGACAUGACCCCACUCGAAGAUGUCCUGCGCUGGAAAGACUUUUUCCAACCCAAGGUCAUGGCGAGGUGGGAACCUGGUGCUCUUGGUGGCGCGAACAGAUUCCCCCCCGCGAUCAAUGAACUCGCAAUUGUGGAAGAUGAGUGGAACAAAGGCUUUCGUACCAUGGAACAGGCCUUGGAUCUUGGCGAUCGUGUGGCUGCUGAGCUUCCGCGGCCCAGUGCUAGUGCUAAGGCAGAACUUCCGACUCAAGCAGAAGCCGAAUCCAAGGCUAAAGCUGCGGCGGCGGCAGCAGCCCGAUCAAGACCCAAACAUCAGAUCGUGGAGGAGCCUUCCUUCAAAGAUAUUGUGGAGAGCUGGUGUGUGGAGCAAGGCCUUAUCUUCUUACCAUUGCGCGAGGCAAACCCUCAGAAUGGACUGCCACUGUUCCGCAUCACAGCCAGCGUCACUGGAAAGGGUGGUGUUGUAGCUUACCUUCAGGGAGAUAUGCUGCGAGUGCAGAACAAGAAAGCCAAAGAUCUAUGGGAGCCUAUGACAAUGGAGGAUCGACUGAUUGAGCUCGCCGAAGGGCGGUAG